AUGGCGACGCCCAUUCCUCGAUACGAGCCGGUGCCAAGCUCGAGCCGGCCAGGCUCGGUCGACGGCAAGUUCCCCCCAAUUCCAAUACCAAAUCCCCAUCUCGGGCCAUCGUCGGGACCUCCCACCCCCCGCUUUCCCCUCCCGCCCUCACACGGCUCGCGCACCCAGUCGUAUGCCUCGACCACCUCCAGUGUGUCUGGGCCGUACGCUUACCCCACCAUGCUCCGGUCCGGCCCACCGCGGAUGUAUCGGCAGGUAUCGAUGGCCCCCACUUUAUCGGACAAGUUUCAAUUCGACGCCGACCCCGCUGUGUGGGGCAUAUCCACGGGCGCCGCAGAGGCUGACGACGCGCUGCACGACCCCAAGGUCGACUACCGCUCGCACAACGUGUUUACCGCCCGCGGGAUGUCGAAUGUUGGCUGCAUCCUCAUACUGGCGCUGGCGUGCACGGGGCUGUUUGUGGGGUAUCCGCUGGCGCGAUACUUCACCAACCCGCGGGAGCACGCGCAGGAUGUGCCGUUGAUGGUCAACUCGACAGGACAGGUCGCAAGCAUAGGGAACUUCGGGCUGAUAGACUUGCAUACGCCCAAGGAGUUCUACAAAGUCCAUUCCUACAACGAUCCAUCGCAAGUCUUGCAGCUGGUGUUCAGCGACGAGUUCGAGGAGGAGGGCCGCAGUUUUUACCCCGGCGACGACCCUUACUGGGAGGCGCUCGACCUGCAUUACUGGGCCACGGGCAACAUGGAGUGGUACGACCCCGCGGCGGUGACCACGCGUGACGGCGCGAUGGAGAUCAACCUCUCCGUCGUCAAAGACCCCACGUCCAACCAUGGCCUCGACUAUAUGGGCGGGAUGGUCAGCACAUGGAACAAAUUCUGCUUCACCGGCGGGCUGAUCUUGGCUGAUGUCAUGAUGCCGGGCACAACUAAUGUCUUUGGGCUGUGGCCCGCGUUGUGGACGAUGGGUAAUCUGGGCAGGGCCGGAUACGGCGCAACGCUAGAUGGUCUGUGGCCGUACUCAUAUGACUCCUGCGACAACGGCGCGCUGCCCAAUCAGACGACGCCCGACGGCAAGGGCCCGCCCGCGGCGCUCGAUGACGGGCACGGCACGGGUACGCCGCUUUCGUACCAGCCCGGCCAGCGCCUUAGCCGUUGCACGUGUCCCGGGGAGAGCCACCCGGGCCCGAUGCACCGAGACGGCUCCUACGUGGGAAGGUCCGCGCCGGAAAUCGACAUUUUCGAGGGGCAGAUCGGCGGCCCGCCGAGUGCCCGGACGGGCGAUGUCUCGCAGUCCGCGCAGUUUGCCCCGUUCAACGCGCUGUACGCGUGGUUCAACACGAGCGACAACAUGGUCAUCACGGACCCGCGGCUGUCGCACCAGAACGACUACUCCGGCGGGGUGUACCAGCAGCCGUGCUCCGUGGUGACGGCCACGAACCAGCAGUGCUUCCAGCUGAAGAGCCAGUGCUACGCGGCACAGGGCUUCGAGUAUGUCCCCGGCUACGACAACGCGUACAUCACGUGGAUCAGCGACAAUAAGGUUGCGUGGACGCUGAACUCGGGGGGGCUCGCCGCGGACCCGCGCGUCGGGAUCGCCGCCCGCCCGAUCCCCGAGGAGCCCCUGUACAUCCUCGCGAACCUUGGCAUCUCGCACUCGUUCGGGUUCGUCGACAUCGAGCACCUCGUCUUCCCCGCGACGAUGCGCAUCGACUGGGUGCGCGUGUACCAGCACCCAGACCGGAUCAACAUCGGGUGCGACCCGCCGAACCGGCCCACGAGCGCGUACAUCAACACAUACCUCGAGGCGUACACGAACCCGAACCUCACGACGUGGAAGGACGACUACAAGCAGCCGAUCCCGAAGAACAAGCUGCUUGGGCAGUGCUGA